AUGUCUCCUUUACCAGUCAUUGCGUGUGGCAGCACCAACCCGCAGGUGUUCAACGCUGUCAAACCUCUCUACUUACCUGAGUACGAAAUUAUACAUAAUGUCACCAGCAGCACCACCGGAGCGGUCGAAAUUCCCCUCUUGCUGCAAGGGCUCGCCCCUCCCAUUACUGGAGAACCCAAUCGAGGCACCAUGGACUAUUCCAAGCCACCGGUGGCUAUCUUUGCAGGGGCUCUUUACAGUGAUGAGGAAAUCGACGAUAUGCGCCAAGCGUGCCGAGGGCUCAGUUCGGUGCCUUGGUUAAAGAUGGAUAUGACCGUUCCCAAACCGCCACUAGGACCAGGGUAUGCUGAGCAUGUUGUACAGAGGAUCAAAGCAUGUAUGAAGAAAAUCGAGGCUGAGGAAAAGCUAGAACAAGAUGGCUUGUGGCUCUAUUAA